UCCAAAGACCAUGAGAUUCAGACAGCCCCCAUCUUCACCAGGGAGGCCUAUGCGCAAGGCGGUGGGCCCGACUGCUUCCCGCAGCGGGGUCUCCUCGGCUCUGUCAAGGACAUCGCGGAUGAUAAACGCAUUUAUCUGAACACGAAUGCUCCCUUCUCGGCCUUGGUUUGCGGCGUGCAAGGGUCUGGCAAAUCGCACACUACUUCGGUGAUGCUUGAAAAUAUGCUCGUCCCUGAUCAUUCAGCCAUUGGUCAACUGAGGAAGCCGUUGGCCGGCCUCGUCCUCCACUUCGGUGAGGGCGGUGCCUACUCCCAGCCUUGCGAAGCCGCAUGGGUUGGUGUUACUGAUAACAAAGCGGUCAAGCCGCCUCCGGUGGUCGUCUACGUAUCCAAGUCAUCGUUGAAUACAAUGAAGCAGGUGUAUGCACGCCUGGGUCAGUCGGUAACAGUGAAGGCGUUGAAGUUCAGCGAGGAAGAACUCGACGCGCAAGCUUUCCUCUCAAUGAUGGCAAUCGGUGCGUCGGACAGUGUUCCCCUAUAUAUGCAGACGAUACUGUCCAUUCUACGCGACCUCGGUGAGAGGUACACCUAUCAAGCAUUCAAGACGGCGCUCGAACUGAAGAAGACGAAGUUCAACCCCGCCCAGCUCUCGGGCCUCGAGCAACGCACGGCAUUACUUGAAUCGUUCUUGGACAAGAAAGCACCAGGAAAGUUCCACGUAGCGCCUGCGCGGUUUGCGGCCGGGCAGAUCACCAUCAUCGACCUGUCCGAUCCCUUCAUCGACCCGGCGUCGGCAUGUGGCCUUUUUGAUAUCAUUGUCAGGCUGUUCGUGCGCUCGCAGGUCAAUACCGGGAAGGUCCUCGUCGUCGACGAGGCUCACAAGUACCUGGUAGCGAACAAGACCUCGUCCGGACUUACGAAGGGGCUGCUGUCUCUCAUUCGCCAGCAGCGCCACCAAGCGAUGCGCGUGAUCAUCAGUACGCAGGAGCCUACCGUUGUGCCUCCCGUGUUGCUCGAACUCUGCAGUGUAGCGAUCCUCCAUCGCUUCUCCUCCCCGGCUUGGUGGGAACACGUCGCCAAGCACGUCUCCGCUGACAUCGACUCGAAGGCGGCGUUCGAUAACAUUGUCAACCUGCAGACUGGCCAGGCCGUCCUGUUAGCUCCGUCGGGACUGGGGACUACUCGGGGCUCGUCUGAUAAACCAUCCGACGAUGCACAACGUGUCCUGGAGAAAUUCGGCCGCAAGUGCGUCCUGAUCAAGACGAGACUGCGCGUCACCAAAGACGGAGGCGCGUCGCUGUUGGUGGUCCCGUCGUGAGGUGUACGAGUCGACUGCUCAUCGCCGCGUGAUGUGAGUUGUUGCAUUGUGGACACUGUCGAUCUAAGAAGUAGUAUAUACUCGCGAAAGGAUUUCCGUCGAUGAUUGUUUUUACGUGUCUAAUAUGAUUUCUUGGGAUGCUGGA